AUGUCUGCGCAAGGAGCCGCCCACAAGGAAACACCCAAAGAGACGUUCUAUCGUCAGUUCCAGGGGACCGUAGCAAACCUCCAAGAGCAUAUCAACCACCUCGCCAACCUCUCUGCCGUUGCAGGCGAACGCCACGAUACCAUCGAGCAUAUCCUGACCGGCAUCUCACGGCUAUCCAACGAAGUCGCCGAUGCCGCCGACUAUGUCCCCGCCUACGACCAGCGCACCUACUCGCAAGCGCUCAAGCAGCUGACGGACCAGCUCAACGAGGCCCAAGCCCAGUUCAGGCCCAAGAGCAGGUUCCAGUUCAAGCGCCGCAAUCCGCCAUCCGGAGGAGACGCCAUGGCUGACAAGAAGAACGAUGCUCGGUACAUGCUCCCUGCGGGAGGUCAAGAUAAGAGCUCUUCUCCCUCGGCGGUGACCGCCGUCGCUACCGCCAACGGUUCAAAGUUAUCCUCGGAGGAUCGCAAGGACAGCCUCAGCAACCUGCCCUCCUUCCCCGCCAAGAACUACAACGAAGAGAUUGCAAAGGACUCGACGGAUUCGAGAGUCCGUAAGCCGAGCUUCUCAACCGCGCGGGACAUUACGCUUUCGGACCACGAUAAGCUGCACAUCAUCCUGCCGCUGUCGGCGUCCAGGGCAACUUCGGCUGGGGCGCUCACAAAUAUGAAGGGAUGUAUCGUGGACAUGUCAGUGCCGACGCGGGUGUGUGCCGGCGGCGCACCGUUUGCGAGCCUGGCGCUGAAGAAUAUCUCGGGCAGCUUGAUCGUUGCGGGCCACGUGGAUGGGCCGGUGCACAUCACGGGCCUGCGUGACAGCAAGGUGCUGGUGGUGGCAAGACAGGUGCGGAUCCACGAGUGCGAGAACGUCGAUUUUUAUCUGUAUUGUGCCAGUAGGCCGAUUAUUGAGGAUUGCAAGGCGUUGAGGUUUGCACCCGCGCCCAAGUUUCAUUCGGCCGACAAGGACGAAAAUACCAACAUGUGGGAUCAGGUGGAUGACUUCAAGUGGUUGAAGGCGGAGCAUUCGCCAAACUGGAGCGUGCUUCCGGAAGAGCAACGCAUCGCGGAGGAUAUCUGGAAGGAUAAGGUCCCUGGAUAUCCUGGUGCAGGCCUUGAUGACAUCUUGAGCACAGUCGGCAUUGGUGCUGAGGCGUAG